AACAAUUGGGAUCAACUCGUUCUUAAUCUCAUUUUAUUCACAUUAACACCUACAUCGCUACAAGAGAGGCGUGCCUGGCUUAUUUAUCCUUAGUGCGGCGUGGUCCCCUAGAGUUGUCCCCAUUUUUCAGACAUGGGCGCCUGGGACUCAAUUCUGUGAGACCAAGAGUUCGGGUCCGGUUGUUUCCCGGCGGCAGGGGCCGGAGGCUGGGCCGAGCGGGCGGCAGGAAGUGCCAGGCGCAGACUCGCCGGCUUAUACCUCCGCAGCUUGUAAACGCUGGGCAGACGCAGCGCGGGCAGAACUCGAGCCUGGCAGGCUGGCUCCUCUCUAUUCCGCGAGGGCGGCAGCUGGCGGCGCUAUGGACGUGGCCGGACUCCUACUGGACGAAGAAGUCACCUUCUCCCUCACCGGUUUCCAGGACUUCACGUUCCUCCCAGGACACCAGAAGCUAAGUGCCCGAAUCCGCAGGAGACUCUACUAUGGCUGGGACUGGGAAGCUGACUGUAGCCUGGAGGAGCUCUCCAGCCCAGUGGCAGACAUUGCUGUGGAACUGCUCCAGAAGGCAGCCCCCAGCCCUAUUCGCCGACUCCAGAAGAAAUAUGUAGCUCAUGUGUCCCGGGAGGCAUGCAUCUCCCCCUGUGCUAUGAUGCUGGCUCUGGUGUACAUUGAGCGGCUCCGGCACCGAAACCCAGACUACCUGCAGCAUGUGUCAUCCUCUGACUUGUUCCUGAUCUCCAUGAUGGUGGCCAGUAAGUAUCUCUAUGAUGAAGGGGAGGAGGAAGAGGUCUUCAAUGACGAAUGGGGAGCUGCUGGGGGUAUGGCCGUGCCCACUCUCAAUGCCUUGGAGAGGGGGUUCCUGAGUGCCAUGGAUUGGCGUCUCUACACUGACCCUCGGGAGAUCUUUGAGGUGCUCAGCUGGCUAGAGAGCUGUGUGGCUGAGCAGCAGGGACGGCGGCGGGGCUGGUACACCUACACAGACCUGUGUGUGCUGCUGGAGCAACCAACCUGGCAGCUGGCCCUGGGCUCCCUCUGUCAGCGGUUGGUAAAGCUGUCUUGCCUGUUAGCUGUGGCAUAUGUGAGCAGUGUGACCUUGGCUGUGGCAUCAGUGGCUGUAAUACACCAGUCCUUGGGGCUGUCGUGCAGCCCUCCACCUGGUCCCCCUGACCUUGGACUGACUUCCUGGUGCCUCUUGAAACCCUGCGUACCUUCUGUACCACAGUGCCUGCUGUUUCCUGCUAACGUCUCCAGCUGCCCAGAAGGCAAUAUAGGGCUGCGUUCACUCUGGGGCAGUCUUCUGGCCUCACUGACUCCCCCUCCCUUGCCUCCCCCAGAACCCCCUGCUCCGCCUACUCUUCUCCAUAACUGUCCCCUUUGUCAGAAGCUCCAGAGAGAUUCCCCAACCUGCCGUGCCUGCCACCACCCCAAUCAUACUGUCCCCACUGGGCCUCCCAGUCCCUGGUACCACACCCAUGGCCUGACUCCACCCUGGCCCUGGAGCCCAGUGCUCCCACCUCUACCCCAGCCCCAGCAAUGUUCCCUUUUCAGUGUCAUGGAGCUGGCACGCCUCAAGUCUUUCAUUUUCCCAGGCUAGGUAGGGCUCUGAGGAAUGCAUUAAGAGGAUUUGGGAGUCCCUGAGAACCUGGAGGAGCAAAGCUUGGUUUAGAUCCUCUACCUCUCUGGGUCCUUGGAGGGUCCCCUGUCCUUCUGGGUAGGAGCUUAAGGGGUGGUGGGGCAGAAGGACUGAAGGUCAUUCACUCUCCUAGACCUUAGUGGCUGGCUGCUUGCCCAGGGCUGUGAUGGUGCCAGGGAAAACUUAUGCUCAGUGACCAGGUAUAUGUUAUGAUGGACAUAGGAGAAGCCCAUCUCUUUGCCUCUCUUGGGCUCUUCUAGACUUUUGUUUUUGAGUUCAGAUGGGAGAUGCAGGAAGUGAGGUAAGGGGAGGAAGAAAAUAUUGACAUGACCUGUGUGAUGUCCCUGGGGUAAGAAAACCAGGGACUGACAGGGUCAUGGUGGGAGUUACUGAGGGAAGGCCAGGUGAGAUGGGAAACUCUCUCUGUUCCCAUCCCUUAGAUGUAGUCACACGGAACCAAGGACUACUGGGGCCUUCAACCUUGACCUUUUGUCUUCCAACCUUUUCUUCUUAGUGCCCUGCUCCUAGGUUCCCUCUCUUCUGGUUCCUGUCCUGGGUGAUCUAUUCCCAGGCCCCUCUGGCCUUGGCUUUGUAUCUGGGUUUUUCAUGCUUUUGUAGAACUGAGGUUUCAAUAAAAGGUUCAGUUGCA